AUGGGUCUUGGCAGAAUAGAAACGGACAUCAGUAGGAGAAAGUUGUACUUUUUGGGUCGUAUCAUCAACUCCAGCUCAACACAAGACUUCAGGAAAUUAUUUGUACGUCGGUUAAUAAAAUGGAGAUGUGACGCUGUAGAUGGAUUUAUUCUCGAUCUUAUUAGAAUUUUGGAAAAGUAUGGCCUUAUGAUGUUCGUGACGGACUUUAUAACAUCAGAGAGUUUUCCGACAAAAAAGCAAUGGAAGAGGAUUGUAAAUGAAGCUGUGCAAAGAAAAGAAGAGUUGGCUUG